GUCCCUUUAGGCAACAUACUGAAAAUGAAAAUCGAGUAUAGAUGGAACACAAUUUUAUAUUCAAAUAAUGUUGAUUACAUGAAUACAUGAAAAUCAAUUUCCAAAUCGAAAAAUAUUGUUUAUCAGCACAAAGAACUCAGGAAGUUUUCACUGUACUUGUAUUUUAUUAUCAUUAUUAUUUUCAAUAUUAUUACUGUAUCUUUUAUCAUCCUAUAUGUAAUAUAAUAAUAAUAAUAAUAUACUAAUGAUAAUAUAAUAAUAAUAAUUAUUAUUAUGAUUAUGAUUAUUUCUAUUAUUAUUAUUUUCAUUAUUAUAACAUUAAAGUGAUAGUUAUUUUCAUCUACAAAAUAUCAAAAUAAUAAUUAUUAUAAUUAUUAUGAAGAAAAAUUAACUUCUUUCAACUCCACUGCACACAUCUUCAUGGUCUAGUUAGGGUCCCUGCUGUGCUAAUUGCCCUCUAAUCAGUUGCUAUUACAUAAUCGCUGAUAAGCAGCAGAUAAGAUGGGAGUUGUAUAUUGGAUUUGGGGGGGGGGGACACUUAUAUAGUAGUGAAUCUAGGCCUUUAAGGCUAAUUUAGCCAAACUGAUACCCUUUUUUCUUCUUUCCGUUCAUUUGUUGUUGUACUUAUCUAUACUCUUUUAGGGUUUGCACAGACAGAUUGGUGUAACUGCCUAAUGUCUUUGUGCCAUUAUUAGACCAGUAAUGUUUGUUUUGUCUUAUGAAUAAACAAAAUUUCAAUUUAUUCCAUAGUUUUUGAGGUUUUUAGUGAAAAAGUUAGGUUUGGUCGGAUAAUAUUCGGCUUGGUCGUGUCAUAUACUGCCAUUAUUUGAGGGGUAUGCUGUCCGGACUUUAGGAGACCACGCCUUAUAUUAUCCAUGGUAUGCAUCAAACAUUCGGCUCAUAGGGAUGUCAGGUAGAGAUCUAUUUAAUUGUGGGUAAUAGCGUAAUAAUUGUUAAUAUGAUAUUUUUCAUUUUUGCCUAUGAUAGUGACCGCUAGAGUUUCUGCUGUUGCACUAUAUCUAAUUGCUUUUUCUUUAAAUGUAAUUCCAUUUCGUACGUAAAUGCACAGCAAUCCGGCUGCUGAGUCUUCUGCGCCCGGGCGUAAUUUAUUUAUUGGUUUCUGGUACCCCUUAAAGUUGAAAGGCUUACUUUUUGUUUUAAGUUUUGUUUCCUGAAUACAUAUCACAUCUAUCGGAUUUUCUAAAGAGUCUAAAUAAUUUUGUAAUUGGUUGCAUUUCACAAAGUGGUCGGUUUUCCUUCCUCUGAUAUUCCAAGACAUGAUGCUGAGGCGGGAUUUUUGCUUAUAUUUAUUUGUCUAUUUGCCCCAACAUCAUUUAAAGCCAGUAUUUAUAAUUGAUUAUGGUGUUUAUUUUAUUAUUUGUUUUUGUAGGUUUCAGAAUUUAUCUCUGUCACAAAUUGACAUACGGGCCUUAUUUUAUCUGUAGUGUAAAGGCAGGUAAUGCAUCAUCUUUUUGUAAAUUUUUGAGUUAUUGAGAUAAAUGUCAGAUUUCACGCAUAAAAUACCUCUAAUGUUUUUCUGUAUUUCAUAGCUUAAAUUUCCUUGUAAAUUUCAUUAAAUUCGGUUCAGUAAUAAGAAAGUUGAUAUUUUAUAAACUUCAGUAAUUUAUGUUUUUAUCCCCAAAACCACUAUAACGGGCCUCAAAUUGUCAAUUUCAAUCCGCGCCAAAGUAGUCAGAUUUCCCGGCUAUAUCGUGAAUCCCGUGAAAAUAAAAAUAGUGAUAGCACACGGAUUAUCCAUGAGUCCCAUGAAAUUGAGUAUUUGGCGGGACAUUACUCUACAAAUAGAAUGGACUAGAUAUGCCUUACGCACACCACAUUCCGACAUUAGACGAAUCUAUGUCAGACUAAUUUUUCUUGCUUGAAAUUUAUGCUCGAUCGAGGUAAGAAAUUUAUUUGUUAGAUUUUUGUAUGAUUUUUGCAUUACGAUUUUUAUUUGGUAAAUUUUUGUGCAUUCUACAGAAUUCUGUAACAUUUACUUUUCGGCAUGUGAUUUUGGCUAGUUUCGGUAUGUCAGGAUAAUUUAUUAAAUUUUUCAGACUUUUGUAAAUUAUUUCAAAGAGGAGUCUAAAAUGUUUCGUUUAUAUAAGAUGUAAGAUUUGUACUAAAUUUGUAAUAUGAUAAUUGUAAAGUACUCUGUUUCAAAAACUUCUGUCAAACAUUUCGUUGUUAAGGAACGCCGAUACUGCAAUGCACUGUAGUGUAUAAAUCUAUAUGGCAAGUCUAGUACCAUGUAUGUAAUAUAUCAUUGUAAUAUGAAAUUGUGUGCCAGUCUAUAGCACAUACAUACAAUGUCCGUUUUGUUGUAUGGCAUUUGAUGCUAUAUCGAUACCAACUAUUGUAUAACGUUCGAUUUGCAUUGAAUUUUGUUAAUUUAUAGUUGUAAAUAAUAGCUGCAGUUAAUCAUUUCCGUAUCUGUAUUUUUCAUCAAAAACUUUUCACAUCUUUUUCAUACUUUAACUUUAGUCUUUUAAGUAAGUAAUUUUUGUAAUAAUGGAAGUAAUAAGUGACGUAUUUUAAUCACGUGACAUCUGAACUUAGUAGCACAUAUAUUUUGUAUAGGUAGCACGUAUUAUUUAUGGGAGCCUACGGAGGUAUGGUGUACUCAAAGGAGCAGUUUUAUGCCCUGACUUAUUUGUUUUGCUAUGGUGCUUACCAUAUGUUAUAUAAGUUGUGAUCUUCCCAGCGCAGAGCUUUCGUCCCAUGGUUGUGCCGUAAACCGCAAAGACGUUGGUUUUUGUUAUCCUCUGAAGUCAGCUCAGGGAUGCAAUCACCUACCACCAUAGGGAGCCAAAACGGAAUCAACGUAUUCACGGUUUAAAGGGACUUGAUUUGAAGAUAUGUUAUAUAUUUUUUGUGCUGCUUAAAGUUCGCAAUUAACUGAAAGAUCUGUGCCACGUCACAUUAAAAUGAAACUGUCAGUGAUAGAACUUUGUAUCUAGAGAUACUGAACUUUGAUUUUUUUCUUUCUUUCUUAUAAUCAGUUUCUUUUCUACAUAUCAUUUAUUCAUUGUUAAUACUCAUUUUAUGUAAAUAAAUUUGUAAAUAUUGUAAAGGGUGUUAAUUUGUUCUGAUAGUUAUUGUCGCCGGUACGGCCAGUCUUGUCACAAUCUCCCCCGUCAUGAAGUGACCAGUAGCGUUUUUCAGCUAUCAAGAAGGGGUCCGGAAUUAGAGUUCUAUGUCCCUUUGCAUUUAUAAUUGGCAUACAUCCAUACGGCGGGACUAAUGGGAGUCCUAUAUGGUGAUUUUUUUCCUGAUUUGGUGUUUCCGGGCUGUGUUACUUUGUUUUUUUGAGGCUGGGUGUGUUAUGGGUGUCUGUUCUUUUCCUUUUUUUGCUGUUUAGUGGCAGGAAGUUCCGCUGUUUGUUCAGUGGGUUCUUUUGUGUUUUGUGCUGUUUUGGCCAUGUCACCUUCGGGCGUGUUGGUAGAACCACUACUAUCAAUAUUUGGCUUAUCGGUGGUCUGUUUAUGUUGUUUGGUUUUUGCUGUUCUAGUUUGGCUAUUACUGGAUGGCACUAGCUGUUUGCUGAGAAUCUCUUUGAUCUCUCUUUCAGAUUUAUUUGCUAACUUUGGUGCCAAAUCUGAGAUUAUUUUCUCAAGAUUAUCAUUUGCGAUUUUUAUGGGUGUGAUAUUGUUUUCUUUGCGGCAUUUAUUUUCGUAAUCUGCUUCUAUUUUUUUUAUUUGUUUUGCUAAGUUUGAAUUCAUAGCUGAGCUACACCGGGCAUCGUUUAAAUGGAGAAGUUUUUGAAGGUGAUGAUGAUAAGUCUUUCGUUUCCGUUGACCUUUCGAGUAUAUUGUUAGUCUAGAUUUUGUCUUGUAACGUGACAUAUUUGAACUAAAAAAAAACAACAUACAAAAUCAAUAACAAAUAAAGUAAAAGGCAAAACUAAAACAGAAUGGAAUACAUGUAACAAAGGAACAUAAUUGAAGCUGACCCAAUAUAAAUUGACUGUUGUAUCAUUCAACUUCCAAUAUAUGUUUUGAAAUCCACUGAGUCUCAACAAAUGUUUAUUCUCAAUAUGUAAAAUAACCCCGGUAGUGCAAAAUAUAUGUACACAAUUAAUCUAAAACCAACUAUUUUGAGCGUACAUUAAGUUUAACCAACAUUUUUGCAUUCGUACGCCGCAUUAUUGAACCAUAGUUUACGGACCUGAACCUAUAUUUUCGAGCGUGAACCUAUGUUUACGAACGUGAACUUAGGUUUACGAGCGUGAACUUAGAUUUACGUUCACAAAACCAGGUUUUUCAAACGUAAAACCAGGUUUUUAAAUACUAACCUUUUUUUCGGGCGAAAACAUAGGAUAACGUCGUAAACCAUAGUUCACGCUCGUAAACGUAGGUUCACGUUCGUAAACCCAAGUUUACGGUCGUAAACAUAGGAUAACGACCGAAAUUCAUAGUUCAAUCGAGAAACCUAGUUUAUCGAACGUAAACCAUGGUUUACGAUUGAUAUACCAGGAUUAUGAAAUCAACUAUCAAUUUCGGCCGUAAACCUAUAUUUACGAGCGUUAACCUAGCUUUACGGCCGUGAACUACAGUUUACCUUCGUAAAACCGUGUUUGUCGAUUUGUAACAAUAUGGCAAGCCAAUUGUCCAAUAAUUAAGUGAACCCUAGUUCACGGUCGAAAAACUAGGGUUAACGAUCGAUAAACUAGGUUUUUCGAACAUAAAACUAGGUUUUUCGAAUACUAACCUAUAUUUUCGAGCGAAAACAUAGGAUAACGCCGUGAACCAUAGUUCACGCUCGUUAAUUUAGGUUCACGAUUGUAAACCCCAGUUUACGAUCGUAAACAUAGGAUAACGAUCGUAAACAUAGGAUAACGACCGAAACUCAUAGUUCAAUCGAGAAACCUAGUUUAUCAAACGUAAACCAUGGUUUACGGCCGAUAUAUUAGGAUUAUAGAAUCAACAAUGAAUUUCGGGCGUGAACAUGGGUUUACGGCCAUGAACCUAUGUUUACGGGCGUGAACUUAUGUUUACGACCGUGAACCAUAGUUUACGGACCUGAACCUAUAUUUUCGAGCGUGAACCCAUGUUUACGAACGUGAACUUGGGUUUACGAGCGUGAACUUAGGUUUACGUUCGAUAAAACCAGGUUUUUCAAACGUAAAACCAGGUUUUUCAAAUACUAACCUAUUUUUUCGAGCGAAAACAUAGGAUAACGUCGUAAACCAUAGUUCACGCUCGUAAACGUAGGUUCACGUUCGUAAACCCAAGUUUACGGUCGUAAACAUAGGAUAACGACCGAAAUUCAUAGUUCAAUCGAGAAACCUAGUUUAUCGAACGUAAACCUGGGUUCACGAGCGUAAACUAUGGUUUACGCCCGGUAUCUCAUGUUUUCACUCGAAAAUAUAGGUUAGUGUUUGAAAAACCUAGUUUUACGUUCGAAAAACCUAGUUUAUCAAUCGUUAAUCCUAGUUUUUCGACCGUGAACCGGGGUUCACGUAAUUAUUGGACAAUUGGCUUGCCAUACACGCGCUUCCAGUCAAGUAUAACAUGAUGUAAAAUAUAAAAAGGAAAGAUAACCUGGCCAAAAUAGAUCCAAAUUGAUGGCUUUUUUGAUAGACAUUUCGUUGGCGAGAAAGCGAACGUUGUCGGUUUACACUCAAUAACGUUUUAUAUACGACAUAGUUCUUCCUUGUAGAAACAGCAUUACACUUGAAUGUAGUUUUAAUUAUGACUAAAUGAUAAAAUUAUUUUAUAUUUACCAUAAGAGGGAUGAAGUGCGACCUUUCAGACAGACGUGUAGAUGGUGGAUAUGGUAAAAUUUGUUGUCUUGUCAACUUUCUGUCUCAUCGUGAUCACAGACGGUAUACUUUUUUCGUUUGGCAACUUGAUAGUUGAGCUGAUUGAAGAGUUCAAUAAUGAUCGGGCAACAACAGCUUUGGUCGCUUCAAUUUACUUGGGAUAGCUGGUCUUUUUGGACCUAUCUGUGGAGGUCUUUGUGACAUGUAUGGAUGCCGCAUUAUUGCUGUGGUUGGAUCUAUUUUAUCCUGCGUAGGACUUUUGAUCAGUUCAUUCGCUACAAGCAUCUACUUCAUGUACUUUUUCUACGGCUGUGUUGGUGGGAAUAUCAUAACUGUACAACAUUUUUCUAAACGGCGUGGUCUGGCAUGUGGAAUAACAUUGUGUGGGUCUGAUCCUCAUAAUUGCGAAAACAUAUCACUUACCCCAAAUACCGGAAGUGUAAAAACUGACAAAAGCGUCGAUGAAAACAAUUUUGAAAUGGAAACGGAACCAGAAGAGUCUGCUAUCAAACGUGAUACGGGCAAAAGGGAAAUUUACAAAUCCCCUGACACUGUCCUACUUAAACAAAUGUUCCAGUCAAUAUUUGAUACAUCACUUCUAACUGAUCUUAGAUUCUGGAUAUUUCUGCUCUCCACGGUGGUGGUUCAUCUAGCAUUUUCGGUAGUCAUUACUAUGACAGCAGAUCGGGCUAUGGAAUUAGGAAUGACGAAAUACGAGGCAUCUUGGCUAGCAUCUUCGAUAGGGAUAGCAAAUACUGCGAGUCGAAUUUGUCUCGGUUGGUUAGCAGAUCAGAGAUUUAUGAGUAGAAUAGUUAUGGCGUCUCUGCUAUUGCUUCUGGCUGGAGUAUCUACGGCGUUGUCGCAUCUGCUAAGGACAUUUUCCACAAGAAUUGUAGGAACGUCAUUUUACGGAUUCUGCAUUGGUGGCUAUAUUGCAAUAUGUCCUCUUAUACUUGCUGACAUGUUCUCAUCUGAGCUGAUUGCCAAAUCGUUAGGUUUAUAUCUUUUUUGCACUUGGCCUUUCUACAGUAGCAUCAACUCCUAUAGGAGGAUUCCUAUUCGACAAGACCGGGAAUUAUGACGUCACAUUUGUAGUUGCCGGAUCAGAGCUUAUUAUUGCGGGACUACUGGUUCUUUUCUAAGAUUUAUGCAGAGAAGAAAUUAAUUCAACUAUUGUUAUGGUGACCUUUCAGAAUAGAAAAUCUUGACAUAUCCGUAUGCUUUGAAAUAAACUGAUUUGAAUGAACAGUUUUUGCUUGGCCUAUGAUAAUAAUAAGAUUGAACGGUCGUUUUGUUUUGAACAAAUUUUCAAGAAGCUACUGAAUCAGCUGCAUUCCUUGUAGGGAAUAUGGCUUAUAAAUUUGAAAUCAAUUCGUUACUUCUAAGUGUCCCAUCUGAACUUUGGAUCAUCGUGAGGUUUACGCAGUUGUCAAAAAUUCACACAAUUAGUUUAAUUCUCUGAAAAUUCAAAAUAAUUGUUAUGUCUGAAGUUUAUUUAGGCAUUGUUGCAAUAUUUAAUUGAAUUUCAUAUGUUAUUAAUUUGUAAUAUUAACACAAAAUGAAUUACUCACGAAGUAAAAUUACAUUAGAUAAAACACACACGAAUAAAACAUUCAAACACAAAUUAACUUAACUGAUUAAAUCAUUACUUAAACCUUUUGAACACAAUACCGCAUGUUCACGCGGCAUAAUAAUAUCGUCUGCAUAUGACACUACAACAACAACUUCGCGCUGACGUUAAUUUUUCUUCCAAAUUAGUGAAAAUAAAUCGUCUGAGAACGAAUCAAAUUAUUAUUUCACAAAAAUGAAAUAAAUAUC